ACGUGUUGGGCUGUCAAUCAAGCGGCUUUUAAAUGGCUACAGUGCGGCCCGCGACCGCUGCUUGAGCCCUCCCGGGCACAGCGACAGCGAUAGCGGUAUUUCUGCAACUACUACUCCUGCAGCAGCAGCAUUUCCACUAAACCACAACCCGACCGGCCAUGGCCAGCGAGGAAGAGCAGGGCGGCUGCCGGACCAGGCAGAGGUUUGAGGAACUUUGUCAGAAAUUGAACAUGGACGAGGGUGCAAAAUGUGAGGCUUGGGCAAGUUACGAGAGCAUCAGCAGGAAAUACACCCUGGAGGGAGAAGAUCUUCACUGGUUGGCUUGUGCCCUGUAUGUAGCAUGUAGAAAAGCCAUUCCCUCAGUGGGAAGGGGCACUGUAGAAGGGAAUUGUGUCUCCUUAACAAAGAUCCUACGCUCUUCUGAACUCAGUUUGAUAGAAUUCUUCAAUAAGAUGCAAAAAUGGGCAGACAUGGCAGAUCUAUCCCAAGAAUUCAGGGAGCGUACAGAAAAGCUGGAGAGGAAUUUCACAGUUUCUGCUGUCAUCUUCAAAAAGUGCGAGCCUAUUUUUCGUGACCUUUUUAAGGACCCUCAAGAAGAACAGCCACCACGACAGCACAGGGGUCGGAAACAAAGGUGAGACCUAAAAUGGCCAAAGAA